AUGGAGCAAGAGAUAUUUUCAAUGGGAACGGAGAUGUUGUACCCGGUGCUGCUUAUACCGAAAAGGUGUACCACCCUGGAGACCACAUGUGAAGUGACCGACGAUGUGUUUAUAGACCUGAGUAUCACCUCUACCGAUACGGAAGGUAACAAAAUGUGCUUAUAUUCGGGUUUUUGUAAUAUCAAAGUUAUAGAGAACUAUGAUGUCGAUACCCGCGAGGGUUCAUCGUCCUCACCACCGGAUACGAAUGAUUUAGAUCCAAUACAAGUGGUAACAGAAGCGAACGCUCAAUCCUCGUAUCCUCCAUACAGCCAAUCCCAGGUGUGGAUAGACCCGGCACGUAGCCCCUUCGUGUACAACAACUAUGAUGCGUCAGAGUCACAAGGUAGAUACUCCGUGUACCACCACCAAACCCACUCCAGCCACAUAACUGUUGAGCAGCACAAUACAUAUAUAACUCAAAAUGUGUACAACUGUUCUGAGCCCGUACACUAUUCACCAGCCGAGGAGUUCGAGCACAAAAAGUUCCGAAAGAUUCAGACGGGCGACCCUAACCCUCAGAACAGUUCAGCUGAGCCGAACAACCCAUAUGAAGAUGACGAGUUUGAGUGCGGGGUGUUCCUGUCUCAGCUGUCCGAGGAGAUAAUCAAUGAGAAGGAAGCAAGGGCCAGGGAGGAGCUUCGUUACAUUGGGCUGCAGAGUGAGAAUGAUGCGUUGAAGCAACUCAUGUCAACAGAUAUACAGUCAAUGUCCAAACAGCAGAAGACUAUACUGUUCUUAGGCCAUGACUCCCACUACGGGCAGACAAUUCAGAAGAUUGCUGUUAAUGAUCCAUCGUUGGAAUGCGUUGCUGGUAGUGAAUUGGACUAUGAAAUAGUCGCUGACAACAACAACAGGCCUAACCAGAAGAGGUAUCAGUGCGACAAGUGCAAGCAGAUAUUCGACCAGAUCGCCGCGUUCAAGCAGCACAUGGUGGGCACGCACAGGCAGUCGAGGGACGCGGAGGCUUCCAGCAGCGAGGGCGAGGUGAAGUUCCUGUGCACCGAGUGCGGGAAGAGCCUGAAGAGCCAGGAGAAGUUCGAGCUGCACUGCCUCGGCCACGGCGACCCCGAGCUGGAGUGCAGCAAGUGCCGCAAAGUGUUCGCGUCCAAGUUCACGCUGCGCACGCACCGCAAGAUACACUACAGGAAACACCAGUGCGACUUCUGCACGAAGGCGUUCAAGGGGCCCGACGAGCUGCGCGCGCACGCGGCCAAAACGCACUUCGUGUUCGCCUGCCACAGCUGCGAGUACGCCGCGGACAGCUACGAGGAGCUGCUGGGGCACAACGUCCGCCACGUCCAGGCGGCGGCGCGCGACUGCGGCGACGCGUCGUGCGGCUCGGAGCGCGCCACCCCCUCCCCGCCCCGCUCGCCCUCCCCCCGCCCCGCUACGCCGCCUUCCCCCCGCCCGUCGCCCCCCACACCCGCGGCGCCCGCGCAGCGCCCCACGCGCGACGAAAUCCGCGAGGCGGACUCGGUCAUAGCCAAGGUCAUGUCCAACAAGGUCUUCCUGCUGCACGCGAAGAAGGCGAAGAAGCACAAAAGAUACAGAAAGUCUUGUGACGUCUGCUCGAAGACCUUCGACCGGAUUGGCGAUUUAAAGAGGCACCUAAUCGAGCACGUCAUCAGGAGCACCUUAGCGAAGAACCCGGUGAACAAAAACGGCACCCUGAACAUCCAGUGCGAGGUGUGCCAGACGGAGAGCUUCACCAAAGUGGACAGGUACAAGGCGCACUUGCGCGAACACGCCAAGCUGACACUCUACCAGUGCACGUUCUGCAACAAAUCCUUCAGCGACUCCAGCAACUUCUCGAAACACAAGAAGAUCCACGGCGCCAUCUACUUCCAGUGCGACCUCUGCCAGAGGAAGUUCAACUCGAAGAAGAUGAUCACCCAGCACAUGGAGUACCACAACAACAACUCCCCGAUCAAGUGCUUCUACUGCAGCAAGGAGUUCCACUUCGAGUCGAUGCUCAACAAGCACAUAAAGUGCGCGCACACGAAGGAGGUCUCCGCCAGGUUUCGCUGCAGAUUCUGCCAUCAGUACUUCAAAACGCUCAAAGAGAAGUGGGACCACGAGUGGAACGUCCACAACGUCAGGAAGAUGAUCGUGGACUGCCUCAUAUGCGGUUCCAAAUUCAGGAAGUACUCGGAACUUAAGCGGCAUUGUAACGACACCCACGGCUUGGAAAUACCGCCCGCCAAAAAGUUGCUGAAGAAAGACAAUUCCGAA